AACACUACACCCUACAAACACAGGCCAAAAAGGAUAGAACACCGGCCUUAUAGACCCAAUUAUGACCGUUUCCCAGAGUCUAAUAAAGCUGCCGUUCGGGGAUAUAUUGCCAAAUGGAUAAUUUAGAAGCCGAACUAGACGAAGAGGGUAAACGGGCCCGUGGAUCCGUGCGAGUUGGAGGGCGCCGGCUUAGCGUCCCGAGGAGGGAAUCGGGAAGCGAUGCGAGGACCAUGGACGCAGCAAUUCGAAGACCUUCCCUUGCAGCACUCGCCGACCGAGGGACGUGGGGCUCUCCUUGGGAGUUUCUACUUUCCUGCGUUGGCCUCUCCGUAGGUAUCGGCAACGUCUGGAGGUUCCCUUACCUUGCCUACCAGAACGGCGGAGGUGCCUUCCUAAUUCCCUAUCUCGUCAUGUUGGUCCUUGCUGGGAAGCCAAUGUAUUUUCUUGAACUGGCUGUCGGGCAGUUCAGCGGUGUCGGUCCAUUAGCUCUUUGGAACUGCUGCCCUUUAGCCAGAGGUGUGGGUUGUGCAAUGAUCACUGUCUCACUCAUAGUUUGUAUUUACUAUAAUGUGAUAAUGUCGUACACUGUUUUCUACAUGACGGCAUCGUUUGCACCAGAAGUACCUUGGAGCAAAUGCGAUCCUGAAUGGGCAAACAUGGAGACAUGCUAUGUCAGAGGCGAAACUCCUAUUUUCAACUCAUCAUUGAAUUCAAGUGCUAUAUUUGAAAAUGCGACCAAGGAGACAGCCAGUUUACAGUACUGGGAGAGGCAUGUCUUGAAGCUAUCUGAUGGGAUUGAAAAUAUAGGCCCAAUCAAAUGGGAUCUCGCACUUUGUCUGCUGUUUUCUUGGAUCAUUGUUGUAUUGUGUUUGAUCAAAGGAAUCAAAACUUCUGGCAAGGUUGUUUAUUUUGCUGCGACAUUUCCUUAUGUCAUUCUGUUCACACUGCUUGUCACCGGGCUCCUCCAAGAUGGGGCUUGGUCCGGCGUCGUCUAUUUCAUUUAUCCUGCUUGGGAAAAAUUGCUCGACAUUCAAGUCUGGCAAGCAGCAGCAGGACAAAUGUUUUUUUCAUUAAGCGUAUCAAUGGGAGGCCUUAUAAUGUACAGUUCAUACAAUGAUUUCAGGAAUAAUGUGUACAGAGAUGCCCUUGUUGUGAGUGUGAUGGACACCAUUACAAGCAUUAUAUCUGGUAUAGUGACUUUCUCUAUUCUUGGAGCCAUGGCGCAUGAUCUCAAUGUGCCAAUAAGUCACGUUGUUAAAGAAGGUCCAGGAUUAGCAUUUAUUGCUUACCCAGAGGCUUUGCUUAGGCUUCCAGUGCCACAACUUUGGUCUAUUCUUUUCUUUCUUAUGCUGUUCAUUCUCGGUUUAGAUAGUGAGUUUGCUUUGUUAGAAAAUGUUUUAACCAGCUUAUCAGACGAAUUUCCCAUUCUUCGACAACAUAAAUUAACAUUUUGUAUCGUAACUGCAAUAGUCUGCUAUACGGUGGGACUUUCAUGUGUCACUUAUGGUGGUAAUUAUGUUUUAACAUUAAUGGAUGUUUAUGGUGGUGGAAUGGCAGUAUUAUUUAUUGCAAUUGCUGAAAGCAUAGCUUUAGUGUGGAUAUAUGGUUUGAAAAACCUAUGCAGAGAUAUGAAAUUUAUGCUUGGUUUUCAACCUAGCUGUUAUUGGAGGAUAACGUGGGUUUUCUUUGCACCUGUGAUUCUUGGUGUCAUUUUUGUCUACUCUUUAAUUGUAUAUAAGCCGUUGAGAUAUGAGAACUAUGAUUACCCUGACUGGGCAGAUGGGAUUGGCUGGGCAUUAGCCGGUAUUUCAACACUACAAAUCCCACUUUGGGCUAUAGUAGUUUUGUGCAAAACAAAAAGUACCACAUUCAUGGGAAAAAUGCGUGAAGCUAUAAAACCAACUCCAGAAUGGGGUCCAGCAGACCCUAGAAAUAAAGAAAGCUGGUGUGAACUUUUGGACGCUCUUCAGAAGUGUGAAGUCAAAUAUCACAAUGGAAGUAUUGUGGUGUCGCCCGAAGCAGAGGCAUGUCUUAGGCGUCCUGUUUAGAACAGAUAUCUCGUCCAUAUCGCCUGACAUCAUACCAACAAGAUGACAUGCUCACAAAGUUGUUAAUUGUUUUAUAAUGUAAGUUUCAUAGUCAUAGCUGUGAAUAGGUGUGAAACUGAUGUUACCAUUAACAUUAUACUAAGAAAUACAGGAAAAAUAAUAUUAUUUCAUUGUAUAAAACCCAAGUUUGUCUUUUAUUUCUAUAAUUUGUGGG